UCGAAAGAGGCAGUGUUCCAAAUCAACCACGAAAAAUUUUAACGCCGUCGCUUAAAAUGUCUAACAUCUGGCUAACAGCAAAAGCAUCUAUCAGAGAUAGAAUCAAGUUUGUUUUCAACAACGAUCUUCUCAGCGAUGUGAAGUUUAUUGUUUGGGACACGGAUGGCGAAAGCCGGAAACGAGUGAUCCCCGGUCAUAAGUUUGUUUUGUCAAUAAGCAGCCCGGUUUUUGAAGCCAUGUUUUACGGUGACAUGGCGGAGACUGGAGGCUCUAUUGAACUACCGGACUGUGAGUACACGAGUUUGUUGGAGUUGUUUCGUUACAUCUACAGCGAUGAAGUGUUUUUAAGCGAGGGCAAUGUUUUGGGAGUGUUGUAUUUAGCGAAGAAAUAUAUGGUGCCCUCCCUGGCUGACAAAUGCACGAAUUACCUACAAGAUAAGUUGGAUGUUUCGAACGUUUUCCGUAUCCUGCCAAUCGUCGAAAAGUUCCAAGAAGGUAAAUUGGUUAAUUGGUGUUGGAAUGUAGUCGAUGAACAGGCAAGAGAUGCAUUAAAAUCGGAUAGUUUUAUGACAAUUGAACGGUCGUUGCUAGAAGCAAUAGUCAGCCGUGACACACUGAAUAUUAAAGAGGUGGACUUGUUCAAAGCUGUGGAUUUGUGGGCAACAAGGAAUUGCAGAGAAAAUGGUUCACCAGCCGAUGGAGGUCAGAAAAGAAGAACACUUGGUGAACAAGUUGUAAAAGCAAUCCGUUUCCCAAUAAUGAAGCAGAAUGAAUUCGCUGAUGUUGUUCUUAACACGAAGAUAUUGACACAGGAGGAAGUUUUUGAUAUUUCUAAGUAUUUCAAUCGUGUGAGUAGAGCCUCAGUUGGAUUUCCUCUAAAAGAAAGACUUGUGUACUUGGAUUGUUGUAGAUUUAGAGACUUUGAAACGGCUGGCUCAGGCCACCAUUAUACUCUCGGUAAAUCAGACUGUCUUCUUUUCACGGUCGACAAAGACAUCUUCUUACUUGGAGUAAGACUGUGCGGAAGUGAAAAUCAUAGUAAUGAAUAUUCUGUGACUAUCAGCAUAAAGAAUUUAGAAAAAUGCUCGUAUCUAAAUUCGGUAUCUGGAAUUUUUUCCUCGGUGCUUACUAAGUUAGAACCACAUUCAUUUUAUGGCUUCAAGAUUCUUUUUGCCGAUCCAGUUGUCAUAAAGAAGGGCGUUAAAUAUCGUAUUGAAGCUGCAAUCUCUGGUGCUAAUUCUUGUUUUGGCAUGAAUGGUCAACUUUCUGUGGUUUGUUGUGGGGUUAAAUUUGAUUUUCAAGACAGCACGUGGAGUAGAAAUGGAACAAAAGUUGGACAAGGGCAGUUUCCAUCUUUUAUCUUUAAGGAAAUUUGAAUCCAUAGCCAAUAUUAAGUAUGCAAACAACUUACAAGUAACAAACAAGUUACACCGGACAAGAGAUUUAUUUUAUAAAUCGUUUACGAUCUCUUGCUCUUAAACAUGAUUUUUCUGUUCCAAUUUGUGAUGUAUCAAAAACAAUGGUGCUUAGAUCAAUUAUUCCUGACUAUUCUACGAAUUUUGUUGAAAAGUCGUGGCUUUUCUCAAGUUUGGCAAAACAUUCCUCCCUGAUCUUCUUUUGACUCUCUAGCACCACUAGGAAAUUUCUUGUUAUGCGAGUCAAAGACGGGUUCAUAGUCUACCAAAAGCAUGUUAAUAUUUCGUAAAAGAGUAAUUUCUGAGUUAAAGAUACAGUUACUGAAAGCGCAUAAGUGUUUAUUUUACGUAUGACUUCUCUAUUCAGGUGUAAAUUUCGGGGUCACGGGAUAACUAGUUAAUUUAUAAGUACAGGUGAACUGGUAGCAAAGGUUCAUUGAAAUGUUUUACAAUACCUUGUAAAACACUGGUAAGGAUAGAAUCAAUUGCAUGGUAGUUCAUUUAAACUGAAAAAUGUCACCAUAAUGGACGAUCAGUCAGUAUUCAGGUAUAAUAUCC